GGAGCCGCCGCGGGAGCCGGAGCCCCCGGGGAGGAGCGGCUCGGCAGCCGGCACCCACCGCGGGAGGGGCGGCGGCGGCGGCGGCCGGAGCGACGUCGGGAGGCGAGCGGAACCGCCAUGGCCGAGUUCCCGUCGAAAGUGAGCACGCGGACCAGCAGCCCCGCGCAGGGCGCCGGCGCCUCGGUGUCCGCGCUGCGCCCGGACCUGGGCUUCGUGCGCUCCAGCCUCGGUGCGCUCAUGCUGCUGCAGCUGGUGCUGGGGCUGCUGGUGUGGGCCCUGAUUGCCGACACCCCAUACCACCUGUACCCGGCCUACGGCUGGGUCAUGUUUGUGGCUGUCUUCCUCUGGCUGGUGACAAUCGUCUUCUUCAUCCUCUACCUGUUUCAGCUGCACAUGAAAAUGUACAUGGUGCCCUGGCCGCUGGUGUUAAUGAUAUUCAACGUGGGCGCCACUGUUCUCUACAUCACGGCCUUCAUCACCUGCUCUGCUGCCGUCGAGCUGACGUCACUGAAGGGCACCCGGCCCUAUAACCAGCGUGCGGCGGCCUCUUUCUUUUCGUGUUUAGUGAUGAUUGCCUACGGAGUGAGCGCUUUCUUCAGCUUCCAGGCCUGGCGGGGAGUGGGCAGCAAUGCAGCCACCAGUCAGAUGGCUGGGGGCUACGCCUAGACCGCCCGUGCCAUGGCCCACCUUGGGGCUGAAGGCUGCAGCCGGGUCCCAGCGUGGGGCGGCCCGUGAGCCCGAGGCCUGAGCCCUCUGUGGAGUCGGCCUGGAAGGGACUACACUUGUUCUGCUCGUCAGACUCGGGCUCACCCAGCACUCCUAAGGAAUCAGGAUCCAUCCUCUGGUUUGGCCCAAGUCAGCACGCACAGGGGCUGGAAGGAGGCCAGUGGCUGAGACCGUCUGCCCAUCGUCCGUAUUUAGUGGAAGGUGACGGGGGAUACGGGGCUGUCAGUGUCUCUGCUUUGUCUUUUGACUUCAGUGUCCCAGGCUGGGGCCCAGGCUUCUCACCAACACUAAGUGCACUAACAAGGACUCCAGACCUGCAGCCCCCGACCCUCCGUAGAAUAAGCCUAACAAGCUACAUGUAUUUAUCUUAGUCUUUGUUCUGGGACUGCAGAGCAAGUUUUCGAAACCGGUCUGAUUCCUUAAAACACAAUUUGUUUCUUCGUAAGUAGGCUCCAUGCCCCGCGUGGAGCCCAGUGCAGGGCUUGAACUCAGGACUCUGAGACCUUUGUGGAAAGAGUGUUAUGGUAUCUGACGGCAUGGUCUUCCUUUCCUGCAUUCCAAAUGUGCGAGUGAUUUCAAACAGUCGGUUGGAAGCAACUUCUCAGUGAUGAAAUACCCAGCCGGCCUUCCUCCCUCUCCCCAGCCCUUGUUUGUAAUACUCCCCUGGGGAAAAGCUAACCAUGCUGACUGCUUCCCUGACCCUGCUGAUGAGGCACGGGGGCCAUGGAGGAGGGAGAGGGAACCGGGACCUUGCCUGGUGAGUUGUCCUGUGCUUGGUGGUGACUUUGUUUUUUUGUUUUGUUUUUUUUUUUUUUACAAAAAUAAAGAUGGAAGAACUUAUUUGGAAAAGGUGUUGGGUAAUCCUGGUUGUAGAUGCUUAUAAAUUCUGGGAAGGUGCAGGUAAGGAUGGCAGUGACAGGGGUUCCAGAUGCCUGUGGAGGGCAAGUCCGGUUCUGGAGUCGCUCAGCAGCACCCGUGACGUCCUUGACCGGAGGCGGCCUGACCCACUUCCUGCCUGCCCUGCCGGGGACGGCCCUGCCUAAUGCCGUGUGUCCCGACAGGUUGAACAGCGCCUUUUACUCUCACAAGGGUCUCCGUUGAAUACUAAAUCA